AGCGGACCUCAUUUCUAUGAUGCAUGAUAACAUGGAAAGUACAAGUUGGGAUCCUUAACCAUGUGAUGAUGUAUAGAUAAGAGAAAUAUUUUUUGACUUUCAUGACAGGAGCCAUGUGCUUCUUGGUAAUGUAGACCCCUUAUUAGAAUAAGAGCCUUGACCUCCAAAUUCCAACUAUAUAUACGUUAUCUGUCUUCUACACUUUCCAGCAACAGCUAAAGGAAGUUCUACAGUGAUCCAAGAAUCACGCAGCAUUCGAGCGUCCUAGUAGAAAAACCAACAUCUAUUUUUCCAACCCCAGAAACAAGCAAUGGCUAUUCGAUUACCAUCUUUGAUUUCAAAUGCUAAGCAAUUCUACAAGCUUCAAUCCCUUCUCCACAGAAAUCAAUCAGAUGUGCCUAAGGGCCAUCUUGCAGUUUACGUCGGAGAAAUCCAGAGGAAAAGGUAUGUGGUUCCGAUAUCAUACCUGAAUCACCCUUCAUUUCAAGAUUUGUUGCAUCGAGCGGAGGAAGAAUUUGGCUUCAAUCAUCCCAUGGGAGGUCUCACAAUUCCGUGCAGUGAGAAUGCCUUCGUUGAGCUAACCUCAAGGAUGCAGCUGUCGUGAUGCAAGAAAUCAACCAAAGUGGCAGGCUCAACAGUUUUGACAAAUUGUAUUGUGUUUUUUGUGUUCACACAGUAGCUGUAGGGUGUAGAUUCAUGUAGGCAGUCCUGCACUGAUGUAAAAUGAGAGAUUACAUACUUAUACAAGAUAAAUUUUUGCCUUCUUCAGUUAAACAAAGCCCACUUGAAACUUUAACCAAUGUUAGCAUCAUGCUACCUGCAAAUUACUAGUUCUUGACAUCCAAGCUCGCAUAAAGUAACUUAAAAGACUCAAAUACAAAUUGAAACUACAUAAAAAUAUCCAUCAGUUUAAUAACGAACAACAGAAAUAUUUAAAUCCAACAGAAUAGCAUACAUC